GACCAGAUCUAACUAAGAUUUAAUAGUAUUGAUUUUAUUAGUAAUUACAUCAAGUUUAAGGUGGUUUAAAGAGUUAUACUGUGAUACAUGUUGCUUAUCGGUAUAUAGACGUUGCCAUUGAUCCAUAAACACGAUAUCAUUCUCCCCAAUUACAGCAUAAGAUAGCAUCAUAAACAUAACAACAACAGCAACAUACACGAUCUCCAUAGAAUGAUACUACCACGUCCUAUAUCCAUACGACAUGGGAUUAAUCGAAUUAAUCAUAGACUAAGACUUCAAUUAAUCAAUCAUACACGUGUUAAAUCCACCACUAUAAAUAUAACACCUGGUUCAACUCCAACGACCGUAGAACCAAUAGUGCCUGUUCAACAAGAGUUUAAAUCGAUAACUACGAGUUUAAGUUCUUAUGUGCAUCAAUUCCCAAAGGAAAUGGGGAUAAUUAAUAAGAUUGAUUUAUAUAAAGAUAUCAAAUCGAAAGAAUAUGCCAUUCAAACGAUUAAAAUUGGAGUUUUCUAUAAUGAUCAUAAUAAGAAGUCCAGAUCUAAAGUCAUAGAUACGUUAUUAGCUGAUCCCUUAGCGAAGAAUAAUCAGGAAUGGUAUGAUAAAGUUAAGGAAAGGAAAGUCGAUAAAGUUAACGUGUUUAAGUUUGAUGAUUCCAAAUUCGAAAUCAAGGAAGAUCCAAAUCAAGAUGUGUAUGUUUUACCAUCACCUGUUUUAAGUGCUGAACUUCGACAAUCAUUUAAUGUGGAGUCAGUUAAGAAUAAUAUUGAGAUCGUGGAGUAUCCAUCCAUUCCUCCUAAUGAUGAUGAAGUUCAUUAUUAUGUUCUAGUUACACCUGAUUUAUCCACCACUUUGAAUUUAUUCCCCCAUCAAGAUAAAUUAUUAAUCACCAUUGUGGAUAAUACUGAAUACACCCCAUCAUCAACUGAAUCCACCAAAGUGACAAUCUCCCCCGGUGAAAUAUCCUCACAUGUGGUUAAAAUCAAUUCACAAUUGUUAUAUGAUGGGAUUGAGAAUUUCUUAAUUUAUGAUACGAAGGGUGCAUCGACAUAUCUUGAUUCGAUCAAGCAUAGUAAUAUUUAUGAGUUAAUGAAAGUAUUGGAGAGGUUUAAUGAUUCGAAACAGUUAUUGAAUUGGAUCUUGAAUGAUAUAGUGAAAGAUAUUAAUCUGACAUUGGUGGAUCCGGAUGAACUUGUGAGAAUUAGAGAUGAGUCGGUACAAGAUGUCAAUAAAUUUGGAAGUUUUGUUCAUAAUGAAUUACAAAAUGAAUUUAAACCAAAUGUGGAGAGAUUAUUCAAAUCGAAAUUAAGCUGGUGGAAAUUGUAUUUGAAGAAUGAUAAUAUUGAAUACGAGAUCAAGGAUUUCUUCUUAAAGAGUUUCAUGACAAAAAGCAUUGAACAAUAUAACUACAUCCAUGGAAAAGUGGAUUCGAAAUAUAAUCAUACUAUCCAGACCGAACUCACUUCAAAUCCAUUACAAACAUUAAAGAAUGAUAUUAUCAAUGAAAGAAUCACCAAAGAAAUCCAACCCGUGGUGUAUAAAUCGAUCGUAUCAUCUUUAACCCUCCAACAAAUCCCCAUUUCAAUCAUUGGAUUCUUAAGUUAUUAUUAUUUUGAAUUCAGCGUCAAUUCAGCAGUCGCUAUUGUAUUAUUGGGAUUAAUCGUUGGAUUUAAUAAUGUUUCAAAGACAUGGGUUAAAUUCUCUAACAAUUGGUUGAAUGAAUUAUUUGAAGAGAUUCGAUUAUGUAUUAGUCAACAAUGUAUUGAGAAUGGAUUAUCGAAAAGAAUCAAUCAGAAUUUCAGUCAUGAAUUAAAUCAAUCUCAGAUUAAACGUGAUAUCUUACAAGAUAUAAUCAAUCUACAAAAUAAGAAAUAGAUAUAAUAGAAUCCGAAUAAAUAAAAGUAUA